CAGCGCUUCGGCGCCGUGCGUAGACGGCCGCUUAGAGUGCGGGGAGCUGGGUCAGGCAGUCGCUGGGUCACCCUUGCCUGGAAAGUGGCGGAGCGCUCUGGAGAAGCCUGGACAGCCUCGCUCCCCCGCAGCCAGGUGCUACGGUCGGGAGUAAAGUGAGAGUCCGGCCGUCUUCGAGCGCCUGGGCCACGGCGGCGGCCCUGGGAGCAGAGGUGGAGCAACCCCAUUACUCUAAAGAUGAAAGGCUGGGGUUGGCUGGCCCUGCUUCUGGGGGCCCUGCUGGGAACUGCCUGGGCUCGGAGGAGCCAGGAUCUACAUUGUGGAGCUUGCAGGGCUCUGGUGGAUGAACUAGAGUGGGAAAUCGCCCAGGUGGAUCCCAAGAAGACCAUUCAGAUGGGCUCUUUCCGAAUCAAUCCAGAUGGCAGCCAGUCAGUGGUGGAGGUGCCUUAUGCUCGCUCAGAGGCCCACCUCACAGAGCUGCUAGAGGAGGUAUGUGACCGGAUGAAGGAGUAUGGGGAACAAAUUGACCCUUCCACCCACCGCAAGAACUACGUACGUGUAGUGGGCCGGAAUGGAGAAUCCAAUGAACUGGACCUACAGGGCAUCCGAAUUGAUUCAGACAUCAGUGGCACUCUCAAGUUUGCGUGUGAGAGCAUUGUGGAGGAAUAUGAGGAUGAACUCAUUGAAUUCUUUUCCCGAGAGGCUGACAAUGUUAAAGACAAACUUUGUAGUAAGCGAACAGAUCUAUGUGACCAUGCCCUGCACAUAUCGCAUGAUGAGCUGUGAACCACUGGAGCGGCCCAGACUGACAGGCUUGAUGGAUCACCCCCAGGAGGGGAAGAGGGUGGCAAUGCCUUUUAUAUUAUGUU